AUGCCUGUGCCUGUGGUCGCUGUUAGCACUGGGCUGUGGUGGGCUACGGGGGGUGUGCGCGUGCUCUCGCAUCUGGACUUUCUAAUAGGUCUUCCUGCGUUUGCCGCUGCUUCUCUGGUCUCUCUUGCUCCCAUCGCAGGGCUCCAAGUGCCAGACGCCCGCGGUGGCCUGGCUCCAAGUACCAAACACCCGUGGUGGCCUGUAGCACGGGGCUCCAAGUGCCAAACACCUGUUGUCGCCUGCAGCACGGGGCUCUGGUGUGCCAACGGAGGCAUGUGCGUGUUCUCAGAGGAAGCCAACGCCACCAUCUGCAAAUGUCCCUCCACCCAUACUGGUGCCAGCUGUCAAACCCUGGUGGAGGCACAGGAUUUCGGUCCAUCGGAGCAGCUGAGGACCAACUUCACCUCGCCGCUCAUCAUCCCAUCCAACUCCACACUCGACCUCCUAGUCGACGAGCGGGACCAAUACUUCCACACCUUCUUCGCCCUCCUCGGCGCCCUCGUCUUCGUGUGGCUCGUCUCGCUCUGCUUCGUGUACCACUCGCGCGAGCGCAGGCGCAGCAGCAGAGCCAUUGCUGUGGUCGGGGGUUCCUCUGCUGCUGCUGGUCCAUCUGUUGUCCUCCUGGCAGCAGCAGAAGCAGCUGCAGACGAUGCUUUUGGGCACAGUGCUGCAGCAGCAGGAGUGGCAGCUCUAGGAACAGCAGCAGGAGACGGAGCUGUUGGAACUGCAGCCGGUGCAGAAGCAGCAGCUGCAUCAGCAUCAGCAGCAGCAGCAGCAGCAACAGCUGUGGAAGCAGAUUCAAGGUCUCUGCUAUUGAGCUCGCUCUCGUCUCUUAUUCAAGGGGUAGACUCGAGCAGUCAAAUGAACGGCUCAGAUUGCGAGCGGGAUGCGGAGUCUCGAGUGAUGGAUUCGCUGCCAGGGGGCGGAGUGGGAGAGGGUGAUAUGGCGGAAGUGCUGCUGAGCCAUGCUGGUGAGGAGAGCAGCAGUGGUGGUAUCAUGAAGAGAACGAGUUCCUCCGCCCCCCAAGUAGCAGCCCCGCCGCUGGCAGACGGGCAGCUGACUCAAGUGCCCUUGGACAACCAGCCAAGGAUUCCCUCGCCCUCCCCUCUCCCUCCUCUCUCCCUCCCCUCUCCCACCCCUCUCCCUCCCUUCUCCCUCCUCUCGCCCCCUCUCGGUGUGCUGCUCGCUCAGUCCGCCCCCCCAGUGGCGGCGCCGCCGCUGGCAGACGGGCAGCUGACGCAGGUACCCUUGGACAAUCCGGCGAGCCAGGAGCGCGCAGCCAAGGAUCAGCAGCUGCACGCCACGGAGACGAGUUUGCGCAGCAAGGAGGAGGAGCUGAGGAGGAUGCAGGAGGCGGUUGAAAAGCGCGUGGCGCAUCAGGUGACGCGCGUGGCGCAGGAGGCGAAGAAACUGGAGCAGCUGCGGAAGGUGAGGGACAGGGGGAAUGUGGGAGGUGGUAGGAUGCAGGAGGCGGUGGAGAAACGCGUGGCACAGCAGGUGACGCGCGUGGCACAGGAGGCGAAGAAGCUGGAGCAGCUGCGGAAGGGUCCGGGGGGGGAGGAGGGGAAGUUGGUGUGGAGGGAUUACUGUAACCCGCCUGACUCCCUUUUCCGUGAUCCCCCUUCCCCUUUCCGUGGUCCCCCUUCCCCUUUCCGUGGUCCCCCUUCCCCUUUCUGUGAUCCCCCUUCCCCUUUCCGUGAUCCCCCUUCCCCUUUCCGUGGUCCCCCUUCCCCUUUCCGUGGUCCCCCUUCCCCUUUCCGUGAUCCCCCUUCCCCUUUCCGUGAUCUCCCUUCCCCUUUCCGUGGUCCCCCUUCCUUAACUUACACCUCUCCCUCCUCGUUCUCACGAAUCAGGAGUUGGAGACAGACCCCACCAAGAAGGAGGUGGCGGAUGGCUAUACCCGCUGCUCCUCUCCCCACCUCUCUUCCCCUUGCCUUCAACCCCCCUUUUCCCCCUUCUUCUCCCUAUCCGAACCAUCAGGAGCUGGAGACAAUAGAGGACCCGACCAAGAAGGAGGUGGCGGAUUUGAGGAAGCGGAUUGAGCUGGUGGAUCGGGAGCUCAGGCCCAUGCGUGCUCUGGUGGAGAGGAAGGAGAAGGAGCUGAAGGAUGCAACCACGGCAUACAACAACAAGAACGCACAGAAGUCGGAGCUGGUUGGGAAGCUUUUCGAGAUUGUGACGGAGAGCGAGCGGCAACGGCUGGACAAGCUGGAGGAAAUAACCACGCUGCUGACGCAGAUGGAGCGGAAAGAAGGGGGGCAGUGA